AUGGCGGGCGGGCACGACCCUAUCCCUCAGAAGGUUGACCCGAAGGGCACCAACGCAAGGAACAUAUUAGAACCCAGCACUGGUACAGAGAUCCCGGAGAAAGAAGAGCGGACAGAUGAAUCACUCGAUGAAUCACUCGAGGAAGGUACUACUUCAAGAAAGAAUGAGAGCCUGACAGCAGGUCUCCAAGUGGUUGGAGCGUUCUUCAUGAUGUUCAACUCCUGGGGAAUCGCAAACACGUUCGGAGCGUACCAGAACUACUACGAGAACGCUCUGCUACGAGACGAGACGCCUUCACGGAUCUCGUGGAUCGGAUCCAUACAAGGGUUUCUCUUGAUCCUGGUUGGAGGGCUGUUCACUGGGCCCAUCUUCGAUACUGGACAUCUCCGUGGACUGGUAGUUGCUGGCACUGUUUUAUCCGUGUUUGGUAUGAUGAUGACCAGUAUUUGUAGGGAAUAUUGGCAAUUCAUCCUGGCCCAGGGCCUGGUGGUAGGAGUUGGGUCUGGAUGUUUCCUACUGCCAAGUAUUGCAGUCUUCCCACAGUAUUUCACCGAGAGACGAGCCCUUGCGGCGGGACUCGCAGCAGCAGGUGGUGUUAUCCACCCUAUUGUAUUCCACGAGCUGCAACCACGAAUCGGCUUCCGUUGGGCAACUCGGGUCAUCGCCUUCAUCAUGCUGGCAACAUUGACAAUCCCUCUGGCAGUUAUGCGUGCAAAAGUAUUCCCUUCCACCCGCAGGCCUCUGUUUGAUUUUCAAGUCCUCCGCAACAUUCCAUACAUACUAUUCACGAUCGGAGAGUUCUUCGGCUUCAUGGGGCUGUACGUCCCUUUCUACUACAUCACAACCUACAGCACAGAAAAGAAGAUCGCUGGCCCGAACCUCAGCUUCUACCUCCUAACCCUCAUAAACACCGGCUCCAUCCUCGGCCGCAUCGUCCCCAACUUCUUCGCAGACCUAACCGGACCCCUGAACAUCUGCACGCCCUUCGUCCUCCUCUGCGGCCUCAUCGCCUUCUGCUGGCCCUCCAUCGCCUCGCUCGGCCAAGCCGUCACCUUCUGCCUCGCCUACGGCUUCUUCUCCGGCACCUUCGUCUCCAUCACCGGCCCGUCCAUCGCCACCCUGAGCACCGACCUCGGUCUGGUCGGCACGCACAUGGGCAUGAGCUUCGCCUUCGCGAGCCUGGGCCUGCUGGUCGGCAACCCGGUCGCCGGCGUGCUGCUGCGUGGCCGUGGCUGGCUCGGCCCGGCGAUGUUUUGCGGUGCGACGAAUCUGCUGGCCGGCCUGUUCAUUCUCGGGGCGAGGCUCGCUAAGACGGGGAAGGUGCUCGUCGUCCAGGCUUAA